CUUUGUUUUACUUUGUUUAGGAACACCGCUCGCCAUGGCACACCCUCGCGCCACAGCCAUCGGCAUCGACUUGGGCACCACAUACUCCUGCGUGGCCGUGGUGCUCAACGGCAAGGUGGAGGUGGUCGCCAACGAGGUCGGCCAACGGACCACGGCCAGCGUGGUGGGGUUCCUCGACGGUGAAGUGGAGGAGCUGGUGGGUGAGGCCGCUGCCUCCCACAGCUGCCCCGAGAACGUCGUGUGGGACGCAAAGCGCAUGGUUGGAAGAACUUUUAGUCACAAGACUGUGCAGGCAGACUUACCACGUUGGCCUUUCUCGGUUGUCCAGGGAGAAAAGGACAAAAUAAGGAUACGAGUGACCCACAACGAUGCCGAAAAAGAAUUUUCACCUGAAGAGAUAUCUUCUAAAGUGGUGAAGAAAAUGAAAGCAGUCGCUGAGGCAUAUCUUGGCUACCGUGUAAACCAAGCGGUCAUAACUGUACCUGCUUACUUCAACUCGACACAGCGAGAUGCCACAAGAAAAGCAGGUGCCCUGGCCGGACUGACGGUGCACCGCACGGUGCCGGAGCCCUCUGCGGCCGCCCUAGCCUACGCCAUGCAGCAAAUGAAGCCCAAUGUGACGAAGCGCAUCCUGGUGUACGACCUGGGCGGUGGCACGUUUGAUGUGACGGUUGCCUCUGUCCGGGGCUGCCAUGUGCAGGUCAGAGCAGUCGGUGGCGAUUGCCACCUUGGUGGACAGGACUUCGACCAGCGGAUCUUCGACCAUGUUGCCAAAGAGGUAGAAAAGAAGACUGGUCGCAACAUUGUUAGCAACACUAGGAAAGCUCGCCGCCUGCUCACCAUGUGCGAGCGACUGAAACAGGACCUAUCCGCAAUGAUGAGGGCUGAAAUUGACAUGCUGCCUUUGAUCGGCGAGGAUCUUUCUAUAACACUCACGAGAGCAAAGCUCGAAGACCUUUUGAAAGACCUUCUCACUCGAACGAGGGACAUUAUCAAGGACGUUCUCAACUCUAUCGAGAUGAAGGCCGAUGUCAUUGACGAAGUCGUGCUGGUUGGAGGCUCAACAAGAAUGCCGGCUGUGCACCGCUUGCUCGCGGAGCUGUUCCCGGGCAAGAACAUCAACAAGAGCCUGAAUCCGGAUGAGGCGGUGGCGUACGGUGCAGCGGCGCUGGCGGCCCGCCUGACGGGCGACAGGACGUCUUACCUGGCCGGCAUCUUGGUCAACGAUGUCACCCCGAUUAGCUUCGGGCUCGGCGAAGAAGAUGGUGGCGUUAGCAUUCUGAUUCCCCGGAACACUCCUAUUCCUUACUCGUGUGAAAAGUUCUAUGUUACCGUUUACGAUAACCAGGACUCUCUUUCACUCAAGAUAUAUCAAGGAGAAAGAAGUAUUGCGUCAAGAAACACCUUCAUCGGAGAGUAUUGUGUUGACAAUCUGCCGCCGGUCAAGGCCGGCCUAGAAGUGGAGAUGAAAUUGUCCAUUGACAAGGAUGGCGUGCUGACUGUGCAGGCCAAGCACCCUGUCACCAAGGCUUGGGGAGGCUGCCCAAUACAGACCGUUGACUGCACGACGUUCAGUGAGCAAGUCACUACCGGGACAGUCGAGGACACCGCCGCCGGAGCUGACGACUCUGCAGAUGACAAGGCUGAGCUCGCUCGCCUUCGAGCGAGGUUCCGCCUCGCCAAGUUUCUGCACAACCUGUCAGACCGUCAGGAGCUUGCGAGCAGUGUGAGAACUGAGAUUGGUGUUGCUGAGGCGUGGAUGAGUAGAGGACAGUACACCAGGAUUGAAUACGUGAAGAAACUUGGCGAACUUCGAAGACUUUUUCCUGGAAGUGGACGGAAAGCUGCUGUCAUUGCCACACAGAAAUUCAUUACGCGCUCCUAAACGCUUCCUAUUAUUGGUGAUUUAAAUCAAUUUCAGCUGAAUGUUUUUAUUUAAUGUAUUUUAGAGUCAAAAUUAAAAUAACACAGCAGUGUAAAUGACUUAUUCUAAACUCGAGAAUACAUACUUUUUUACAAUAAGUUAA